CUCAGUUACACACAGAGCCUUAAACUCUCUUACAGAUGACUUUAUCAGCGCCUUUGACACAAGCAGAAUCGAGAGAAUAACAUCGUCGCUUUAACACUUCAGGAUUUGGGACUGUAAAGAUAUUAUGGGUUGCAGAGGCUGGAGUUUGUGGGUUCAGGCAUCUCUUCUUCUCUGUUUCUGCCUGCUGCAAGCGAAGACUUUUACUCUGAUACAAACCAACUUCUGUAAGUGGUGCAACCACUCGAGUCCCAUAUGCGAAGACAACGUCUGCACGAGCAACUGCAGUCUGAGCUCUUACUGUGAACUGACUGAAGAAGUGUGUGUAGCAAUUUGGAGGAAGGACAACGCGAGUGUCAGCGUAAGAACGAUGUGCUAUAACCCGCAGAAUCCACUGGAGAACAUCAUUCUGGCAAAUUACUCCACCACAGAGUGUUUGAUGACACCUCAACCCUCUGAUGAUGGCCUGAUGUAUAUCUGUGCCUGUAUCGGUGAUCAAGAGUGCAAUGACCAGCUGAUUUUUGACAAAGGACCUAAUGGGUACUCUAAGCUGAAGUCUAAAGACGUCAUUCCAGUGGUAGUCAUAAGCCUUGUUCCUCCACUUCUAGUAGCUAUCAUUGCUACCCUGAUCUUUUACCUGUACCGCACGCGCAAACCCAGCAAACCCAAAGACUGGGCACCAAGACGCACCCACUAUCAAUGCCUGGACCCAGCAGAGGCCUGCGCCUACCAAGCAAAUGGUAGCGAUUACCGCGGCAAGCUGCAUUCAAAUACUGAUGACGUCAAUUCAGAAAUAUCCUCAACUUGUGGCAAUAACCUAAACCACAACACAGAGCAGCUGCCCAUUCAGCUGGAGACCAUUGUGGGCAAGGGCCGCUUCGCUGAGGUGUGGCGGGCACGACUCAGCCAUAAGGAAACUGGGCAGUACGAAACGGUGGCUGUGAAGAUCUUCCCGGCCGUGGAAUAUACCUCGUGGUAUAACGAAAGAGCCAUUUUCUCUGACGCUAACUUAAAACAUGAGAAUGUGGUACAGUUUCUAACGGCUCAGGAACGUUGUGGGACCUCUCAGAAGCAAUACUGGCUCAUCAUGGCUUAUUAUAGCCUGGGGAACCUUCAAGACUUUCUUGUUGGUCAUAUUAUUACGUGGGCUGAGCUGUGUGCACUGGCAGGUUCUGUGGCAAGAGGCCUGGCACACCUGCACAGCGACACAACACCCUGUGGCACGCCGAAGGUGCCAGUCGCCCAUCGAGAUCUGAAGAGCAGCAACAUUGUGUUGAAGAGCCGCAGCGAGUGUGCGCUAUGUGAUUUCGGACUGGCUCUGCGACUCGACUUCUCUCUCACUGUGGAUGAUUUUGCCAACAGUGGACAGGUGGGGACAGCACGCUACAUGGCCCCUGAAGUUCUAGAAUCCAGAGUGAAUCUUGAGGACUUGGAGUCUUUUAAACAGAUGGAUGUGUACUCCAUGGCCCUGGUACUGUGGGAAAUGGUCUCAAGGUGUGAUGUCAUAGGAGAGGUGAAGAAUUAUGAGCCUCCCUUUGGCUCCAAGGUGUGUGAGCAGCCGUGUGUAGACAGCAUGAGAGAUCUGGUGUUAAAAGACAGAGGACGACCAGAUAUCCCCGAGUGCUGGACGACACAUCCAGGCAUGCAGUUUUUGUGUGCAACAAUAACUGAAUGCUGGGACCACGACCCAGAAGCCCGUCUGACAGCAUACUGUGUGGUGGAGCGCUUUAAUACCUUGGCCCAGGAAGAGCUGGAGAACUCCAUCACCACCCACACACCAGUGUUGACAUCCACAGAACAGCAAACCCCAUCCCUCCCCUGUCUUCCACCGUGCACAGACCACAGCACUGGCGAGCAUCCUCCUCCUGCAGCUGACACGCAGAUCUCUGCUUCCUCCAGACAACCGAGUCCAAUGUGACCUGCCUGGAAAAUCAGACUUGUUUUUUUGUAAUACAUAUUGGUUCAAUAUGUGGAGCUGGUCUCUGUUUUUAAAUGCUAAUCUAAACCGAAAAGGUUUUUUGUUCUGAUAUGUCAUGGUUUCUUGUGUACUGUUGUGAAAUUUCUCCACGAGGCAUUGCGCCAUAACACGACAUACGCCAUUGCAGGUGGAAGGAACGUUGAGGGGACUCUUGGCAGUAAGCUCUGCGCAAGCCGUACAGCUCGUAUUAUACAAAUGUUUUCCUAAAAAUGUUUACCACACAUAAUUUACCCAUUCGAAAACUUCCAUCGGCCUCUGAGUCACUUGUUUUUAACAUCCACGUGAUCUUUCCAUAAACUCGGCUUUGUGGGGCCUUCAAUUUGAUUUACCACAGACCUGCAGCUGAAAUUACAACUCAAAAGUACGAUAGACCAGCGACUGGAAAUAACUGGUGUUCAAAGACAAAAAAAAAGAGGUUUAUUUUAUUGCUCAGAGAAGAUUGUAUUAUUUUCUACAGAUUUAAGAAUAACUACAAAAUGCGCUUUGUGUCAAACUAUUUUCUUUCUUUUACUCAGAACGAGUUUCUUUGCACUGACCCUUUGUAACCACUGAUCCCAUUACUUAAAGGAAAAGUAGAUCAAGUGUUCUCAUGAGCCAGAAUAUCUGACCUUACGUUUUAGAAGUUGUGGAACAUACUGUUUUUGCAAGACUUUGAUCACAUAAUUAAUUUAUCAUAAAAUAGGAUUGUUAAUAGGAUUUGUGUCGAGACCAGGUCACAAACAGAUCCUAACUGAGAAGAUAAUUUGUUCUUUUGCAUCAAAUGUUUUAUCUCUAAACUGCCAAGCAUACUUAUGAGGACUGUUUAGCAAUCUGAGGUUCACUCAAGUUGCAGAGAGCAAGUUGGAGUGACAGGGAAAAUCUAUACCAGAUUGCAGAACUGAUGGAGAUAAUUACUUUCUGUAGAAAUAUCACAAUGAUCAUAUGGCAACCUGUUAUGCUUUUUUCCAUUACUGAAGAGGGAAUAAAGAUAUUGAGUCAUUUUACCCAUUCCUAUUGUGAACUGGUUUCACAAUUGUACAGUUUCAGUAAAUAAAAUGUAUGUAUUUUCCUGGU